UAUUUCUUCUAAACAAAUGUUUGUAUCUAACAUUUCCAUUAGUAACCAUCCCAACUCUCAAUUCAAACGGAUAGAGUUUCUCAUCACAUUUCUCAUCACAUUUGGUUACUGAAGUAGGCCGUAGUCAUUUACGGGUGCUGAAAAAAUCGCGAGCCUGGAGAAUCCUCUUUCAAAUUUGACAAUCCUUUUCAGAAAUUUAACGUCUGAUCGUUAAUUCGUCGGAGAAAAUGUCGAGUCCUGUAUCUUCGGACUCGCCUGAGGCUGAGUCGAAGAAUCCUGAGUCAUGCUCAGACUCUGAGCAACCUGCAAUAGAAACUCCGGCAAAGGGACAAAUUUCAGACUACGAGAAACAAAGAUUGAAGAGAAUCGAAGAGAACAGCGCGAGAAUGGAGGCAUUGGGACUUCGCAAAAUGACAACUUCCUUAAUGGGUUCGCUUCCAAAGGCUCAAAAUAAAAUUGCUCGCAACAAAGGCAAAAAAAAGGUGAGCGAGGAGGAAGAUGAUGAAUACAAGCCAUCUGAAAGUGAAGACGGUUUGAGUUCUUCAGGUGAAGAAGAUGAGAAUGAGGAUGGGGUUUCCAAGUCUGACUCAAUAAAGUCCAAGAAAAAACGUUUACCUCUAAAGAAGAGAGCCCUGAACAAACAGCCUCUUAGUGAAUCAGAUUUCAUGGAUGAUGAUGAUUUGAUGCAGGCAAUUGCUCUAUCACUACAAGAUUCCGCCGGUUUUUUAGAUGUUAGCAAAAGGCCUGCUAAAAGUGAUGGUGCUCAUACCAUGGACGAGAAGUGUAGAGUGAAGAAAGUAGACUCCAACACCGUAGAAGGAAAAGGAAAGAGGAAGAGAAAACAAACGAUCAGGAAUCGAGUGCAAAUGACUGAAGAUGAACUCAUUUUACACUUCUUUCAGUUUGAUGAAGCUGGAAAAGGAAGCAUAGGUUUGAGAGAUUUACAAAGAGUAGCAGCAUCACAUGACUUUUUAUGGUCUGAGGAAGAGCUGAGAGACAUGAUACACUUCUUUGAUGGUGAUGGUGAUGGAAAGCUGAGACUUGAUGAUUUUCGCAAGAUUGCUGUUGGCUGCAACGUGUUACAAGGAUCUGCAAAUGCUGCAUCAUGAGGCAAUAUGGCACAACUUACAGGCAGGUGUGUGGGUGGCUUGAUCAGAUAGAGGAUUCCUUUCAUCCCUGCUGUUGUGGUUUUAUGUUUGUGUGUGAUUGCAUUAUCUUGGUGCUGACCUUAAUCAAGAAUCCCGUUUUGUGCAAUAAGAAUCCUGCUUGAAAUAUUAACGAUUUACGAAAACUAGACAAUCAAGCUUCUGUACAUGACAAAAAUGAAAACUAGAGUAGGGAACAAAAACUCUAUGAACAAAAAGUUGAGGCUAAGUAAAAGUGAGUGAAGAUGAUGCACGUACUGUCUAGAUAAAUACCCAGCAGACUCGUCUUGUUGACC